AUGAAUGAUGAAAUAUGUUCAAAUUUUGUUGUUUUGAGGAGUUAUUUCCCCGAUGAUUUAGGCGAAUCCCCAACACUCGACUUUAAUAAAAGUACAAGUAUUAAGAAAUACUGCCCUGAUGAUAAAUGCAAUACUGAUCUCGAGAAAAUUAUGGCUGGAUUUUUAUGGUCACUUGAACAAAAUUGUUCUAUAUCCAAAAAGGAGGGUUAUGAUGAAAAUAAUACUAAUGUUUUUUUUCUAUAUAUUAUUUCAUGGUUAAGUCACAAAUUAAAUAAAAACUCAGAACACUAUUCCACCAAAAUAAACGAUUUUUAUAAUAAAUAUGUAUAUAGUAAUCAAAAGUAUACUAGUCUCAUAAAUGAUGAUAGUAAAUGUGCAAAUCUUAAGAAAAUCAUAGAUGAAAAAAAUGAUUUGUUGAAUAUUAAUAUUGAAGACAUGUCUAAUUUUUAUGAUGUAUUCAAAUUAUUAUGUAAUAUGUAUGAUAUUGUUGAAACACGUGCAGAUGAUAACACACUGUUAAAUGAUACAACUAUUUUUGUUAACAAAUAUUCAGAGAUCAACGAUUAUUAUAACAUUGAAAAUACCCCAUAUAGUAAAAUAUUGUCUGUUUUAUUAACUGAUUAUAAUAAUUUUAAAACUAAAAAUGCUAACAAAAUUAAUAAUUCUAAACAAUUCCCAGAUCUUCCAACAGAAAGAGCAACAAAAUCAUUUUUACGACAUUCAUCUAUAAAAAUUUCAGUAAUCCCAAUGACAUUUAUUUUUUUUGGAUUACUUAUAUAUUUAGGAAUUGUGUAUAAGACUCAAUUUAAGAAUCAAAAAAAUAAAGAAGAAAAUAAAUCAUUAAUAUAUUAUUCAGAUUAUAUCAAUUGA